AUGGCAGAAAGGGAUCCUCUAGCCCCAGCCACUAGACAAGACAUCCCUAACCUCCUGAGAGAGCUCAGACAGAUGUCAGCAGCAGAUGUGGACAUAGUCCGAACUGAGGUACAGAUAGUCACAGUGUGCACACAAGCCACCGAAGUGGAGGUCACGGACAUCAAGCAGGAGGUACAAGUGCUGAAGGAGCAAAUGCUCAACAUGCAACACUCUCAUGCCACUCUAACGCAACAAGUAGAUAUCAGCAAAGACCGCAAAAGACGCACCAAUAUUAAAAUUCGAGGCAUUCCAGACUCAGAUGGCCAUGCCUAA